CUCCGGUGCCUGCCUGGCCGUUAUUUCUGCUCUCUUCUCUGCACGGCAAUUUGGAGACAUAGAGAUGGGAGCGCGCUGCACCGGCGUCCGGAUUCCAUCUUCACUUUCAGAAAAGAACAGCACGCGCACGGCAAUUUCAGCACAGUCUCUGUGGACAGCGAACGUGCCAUUGAUUCAGGCAGAUAAAGUUACACGGGACUGUUAAUAUAAAACAAGGACUGGAGCUUGCCUUGCAGAAUCAAAGAAGUUGGACAUUUUUAUCCAGAACGGACUGGAGUGCAGAGGUGAUCAAUUAUAUUUUCGAUCGAUUAUGGAAUAAUGGUGAUUUCACGAUGAUUUCACUGUAGGAUUAUAUUAAUUAAUGGACUCAAAGCAAUUGAUGUGUGUAAAAAUAUGCGCGCGCUGCAUGUGGGGACCGAUUUAAUUCAACAGAAGACAUGCACAUUCCAUCCCAUAUAGAAAACUUUUUGGGAACAUCUGCGCGCCACACCUUGACCGGGAUUUGGUUUUAUGCAUGAACUAAAAAUGGCACUGAGUGAGAAUUGUAAAACCCAGCCGGCUAAAGAAACAGGGUCGGUGCAAAAUCCGCCGUCUGAUGUUAUUGAACUAAACGUGGGAGGUCAGGUAUACUAUACUCGUCUCCAUACUUUAACAAGCAUCCCCAAUUCCUUACUGGGACGGUUAUUCUCCAUCAAGAAGGGGUCCUCGUCGAACGACUUGGCGCGGGACCUCAGGGGACGUUAUUUUAUCGACAGAGAUGGUUUUCUGUUCAGAUAUGUCUUGGAUUAUUUGAGAGAUAAACAGGUCGUCCUACCGGAUCACUUCCCGGAGAAAGGGAGGUUAAAACGGGAAGCAGAAUACUUUGAACUGCCCAAACUGGUCAAACUGUUGGCGUCCGAGGAAUCUAACAUUUUUCAGGACGACCCGUUUCAUAGUGAUUUCGACAACGCGUCGCUAAACAGCGACCAGCGGAUAUAUUCCUCAUACUCUCUGGACGGGAGAUAUGGAUACUUAACCGUCGGUUUCAAAGGCACGUGCGCGGCGCCGGGGGGCAAAGACAGUCAGAUUAACCCCAAAUCCAAAAAAGUAGUACCCAGAAUCUUCAUCAGCGGAAGGAUCGGCCUCGCCAAAGAGGUGUUUGGAAACACCCUGAAUGAGAGCCUAGACGCAGACAGGGCUGCGGACAGGUACACCUCCCGGUUCUUCCUCCGCUUCUGUCACCUGGAGCGGGCCUUUGACAUGCUGUCGGAGAGCGGGUUCCACAUCGUUGCCUGUAACUCGUUGCUCACCGCCUCUUCCAUCAGCCAUUACGCACCUGAGAAAGUCUGGUCCAACUUCACGCAGUACGUCUUCUACCGUAAGUCAUAG